GCUUUCUUGACACCCUGGGCGGAAAAUUGCAAUGCUACCGCAACGAUAAUAUAAACCACGCGCGAAGGAAACAUCGGGAAGUAGUAUACCGAGAAUUCAUCCUCCAACAACUUCAAGCGGUUAGACAAUACCACAACCCCGGAAUCCCCUCAAGCUAUUCCCCAUUUCCCCACAAUCAAACGCUACGCUAAUUAAUAUAGUCCGGGAAUCUCGAAAUGGAAUAUCAUAAAUUAAGAGGCCAUUGCACCCUUUUUAGAGGGCACUGGCUAUAGUCAUCGGUCAUGGUCGCCUUAGCACAUCAAAUAUGCAUGCUUUAAAUAUUCCGAGACUCCUUACGACCCUCAUUAUAUCUAUGAGCGUCGUUGCUUGGGGGUGCCAAACAGAUGAUGACUGUAGCCUGAACGGUAUCUGCCACCAGCCCUCUGGAAAGUGCGAAUGCGAUCCAGGAUGGAAGUUACAAGAUUGCGGCCAACUUGACCUCCAACCCGCUACACGUUGGUCAGGAUACAAUUACACGAACUUUACUCUACCAGACUUCUACAGCACAAAAGGGGGAAACUCGUCGUGGGGCGGAAACAUUAUCCAAGACCGCAAUGACAAGAGCCUCUUCCACCUAAUCAUCGAUCAAUUCGCCCGGGGCUGCGGGUUAUCAGGUUGGCGACCAUUCAGCACCGUAGUCCGCGCCGAGUCCCGUACUGGACCAGCCGGCCCGUACCACUAUGCGAAAGAACUGAUGGGCACAUUCCAUCACAAUGUCAAAGUCGUAUGGAGUCCCGCAGACAAAAAGUAUCUCAUGUACACGAUCGGAAUCGAGACGGAGACACCAGAUACAUGCAAAUCAUACAAAUGGGCGAACAACAUCUCCGUCUCCAGCGCCCCUGACAUCCGGGGGCCAUGGGCACCAUCGCAACGCCUCUUAAACGCGACCAACCCGACUCCAUGGCCAUUAUGGACACACGAUAACCCAACGUCCGAGAUAAUACUCGGCGUGGAAGAUAACUUCAUAUACCACUCCGACACCUUCAACGGACCCUAUAACCUCAUAAAGUCAAUGCCGUGGAAUACCUCAGACUACAGCGACCACUGGACCGAGGACCCUUUCUUAUGGCGGGAUAAGAGGGGUAAUUGGCACAUCCUCUGCCACUGGAUGAUCGAUAUCGCAGAGAGGCAUGAAAAAUAUCCACGUGUGGGAGGACACUUAUUCUCUCGCAGUUUGACGGGAAAUUGGACGUUUAAGUUGCAGCCGGUGUAUAAUACGACGGUGCACUUUACGGAUGGCGGGGAGACAGAUUAUUAUCGACGGGAGCGGCCGCGCUUGUAUUUCAGUGAUGAUGGUUCGCUUACGCCGCUGUAUUUGAUAAAUGGGGUGCAGGAGUUUAAUAGUUCGGCUAGUUACACACUGAUUCAGCCCAUAGGACAGGGAGCGAGGAGAUAUGAAAGGGAGCUGGGAGUUUAAUCUAGAUUUACGAACAAAUAUACUAAUGUUUUUUUUUUUUUUUUUCGAGAUAUCUUCUCGCGGCGCGCUGAAUAAGUGGUGGAUA